GAAGAAGAAGAAGAAAAAGAAGCAGCAGCCCUUAGCCCUCAGCCUCUGAAAACUGCGAAGACAAUCUGGAAUAGCAAUACCCACUGUUGCUUUGCUGCCUGACACUUGCCCAGCAUCUGAAGUGAACCUAAAUCAUCAGUUGCUUUUUUUUUUUUUCUUUUUUCUUUUUGGCCUGGGGCCAAGGCAUUCUGGAUUCUGUUGACGUGAGGCUGGAGAGAAACGGGGUCUUGCUUGUUGUCGCCAACUUGUGAACCAGUGUGAUGGUGAAAUGAGAUGAGGCUCCGAAAUGGAACUGUGGCCACUGCGCUGGUGUUUGUCACAUCCUUCCUUACCCUGUCCUGGUAUACCACAUGGCAAAAUGGGAAAGAAAAACUAAUUGCUUAUCAACGAGAAUUCCUUGCUCUAAAAGAACGUCUUCGAGUGGCCGAACAUAGGAUAUCUCAGCGCUCCUCUGAGCUAAACACCAUUGUCCAGCAGUUCCGCAGAGCUGGAGCAGAGACUAACGGAAAUAAGACUGCUCUGAGUGCAUUCUCAGAUAAUACCAUAAAGCUUCUAAAAGAGUUGACAAGCAAAAAAUCACUUCAAGUGCCAAGUAUUUAUUAUCAUUUGCCUCAUCUACUGCAAAAUGAAAGAAGCCUUCAGCCUGCGGUACAGAUUGGCAGUGGAAGAACGGGAGUUUCAAUAGUAAUGGGCAUUCCUACUGUGAAGAGAGAAGUUAAAUCUUACCUCAUAGAAACCCUUCACUCCCUUAUUGAUAAUCUGUAUCCUGAAGAGAAGCUGGACUGCGUUAUAGUCGUCUUCAUUGGAGAGACAGAUCUUGAUUAUGUUCACAGCGUUGUUGCCAACCUGGAGAAAGAGUUUUCUAGAGAAAUUAGUUCUGGCCUGCUGGAAAUAAUCUCUCCUCCUGAAAGCUAUUACCCAGACUUGACAAACCUGAAGGAGACCUUCGGAGACUCCAAGGAAAGAGUAAGAUGGAGAACCAAGCAGAACCUGGAUUACUGUUUUCUGAUGAUGUAUGCUCAGGAGAAGGGCGUCUACUACAUUCAGCUUGAAGAUGAUAUUAUUGUCAAACAAAACUAUUUUAAUACCAUAAAAAAUUUUGCACUUCAACUUUCUUCAGAAGAAUGGAUGAUUCUGGAGUUUUCUCAGCUCGGCUUCAUUGGAAAAAUGUUUCAGGCACCGGACCUCGCUCUGGUUGUGGAAUUCAUCCUUAUGUUCUAUAAGGAGAAGCCCAUUGACUGGCUCCUGGACCACAUUCUCUGGGUGAAGGUCUGCAACCCCGAAAAAGAUGCCAAACACUGCGACAGACAGAAGGCAAACCUUCGAAUCCGCUUCCGACCCUCCCUCUUCCAGCACGUGGGCCUACACUCGUCUCUGUCGGGGAAAAUUCAGAAACUCACGGAUAAAGAUUACAUGAAACCAUUGCUUCUCAAGAUCCAUGUGAACCCACCUGCAGAGGUCUCCACCUCCCUGAAGGUGUACCAAGGCCACACGCUGGAGAAGACCUACAUGGGGGAGGACUUCUUUUGGGCCAUCACCCCCACAGCUGGAGACUACAUCUUGUUUAAAUUCGACAAACCGGUCAAUGUGGAGAGUUAUUUGUUCCACAGCGGCAAUCAAGAGCACCCAGGAGACAUCCUGCUGAACACAACUGUGGACGUUCUGCCUCUCAAGAGUGACAGUUUGGAAAUCAGCAAAGAAACCAAAGACAAACGAUUAGAAGAUGGCUAUUUCAGAAUAGGAAAAUUUGAGUACGGUGUUGCAGAGGGAAUCGUGGAUCCUGGUCUAAACCCUAUUUCAGCCUUUCGACUUUCGGUUAUUCAGAACUCCGCCGUUUGGGCCAUUCUUAAUGAGAUUCAUAUUAAAAAAGUCACCAGUUGAUCUGCUUAGAAACCAACACGUCCUUUCUUAUGACUCUUGAUUAAAGAUAAUUAGCACGUCCUCUUCUGUUUGGACUUGAACACUACCUCUCGUGAAGCCUACUGUAGAUAAGAUGAUUGUCAUCUCCACUCGGACAGGGACUCUUCCCACGGAUAACUGCGUUCAUUUGAAGCUAGGCUGUCUUCCAAUUUGAACUUGAGACAAACAUUUUACAAUUCUGACAGCCUGCUAACAUGACUGAGACUAUUUUGGUAUUAUACUAAUACACAAGAGUUGUACAUAUUGUUACAUUCCUUAAAAUUUGAGAAAACUGAUGUUAAAUACAUUUUGUGAAGGGGGUACUUUUGAAGUUCAAUUAUUUUACUAUUAUAGACCCUCUUUUAUAGAUGAUCAGGGAUAUUAUAUAUAUAUAUAUAUAUAUAUAUAUAUAAAUAUAUAAAUACACAUGAAGAUGUUAUGAAGUUAAUUUAUUAGAAGCACUUAAGAAGUACAUAUUUUUGUGCAGUAAAGUUUUGGAUCAACACCUUUUUUU